AUGACCCCUGAAUAUCGCGCACAGACUGCCGUGAGCAUCUUGUUUGUUGGCCCGGAUGCCUUUAUUACCUCUCUUGCUGAAGGCGUGGUCACUGUAGCUGUCGCUCUCGCUGCCUACUUCGUGCUCCCCAACUUUCCUCGCACCACGAGUUGGCUUGACGAGGAGGAGAAGGCACUAGCCAUCUGGCGCCUUAAAGAAGACGUCGGAGAAGACGACUGGGUCGACAGUGAAGAUCAGUCCCUUUUAGGGGAUUUAUGGAAGCGCUGGGAGACCUCAAAACUUGGGUACUAUUACCCGAGCCGCCUCGUUAGCUUUUAUAAACGCUCGACGCACCUCAUCGCCGACCCUACCACCCUAAAGCCCGCCUCUGGGAAGCUGGGCAUUAUGCUCGGUGCCGUGCACUGCUCUUUUCACAAAGAGAUACCCCCAUAUGCGCCCUACGAGAUGUGGAGCCGCAUCCUGUCUUGGGAUAGGAAAUGGCUUUACAUAGUAACGCAUUAUGUGCCUAAAGAUCUGGGUCGUCCUUCCCAGUGGUUAGACCCCAGGUUUAACAAAUUGAGCCGCAGUAGUGAAGAGCCAAUUGACGACUGGGAGAAAAAGAUGUACGCUACGGCGGUAAGCAAGUACGUCUUCAAACUCGGCCGAUUAACGAUCCACCCUGCUACCGUACUCGCGGAAAGCGGUCUUCUCCCGGAGCGCCCUGGGGGUUGGGUAGUUAAUAAUUCCGUUAUCUCGGAGACUCCAGGUGCAGACCAGCCCGACAACACUUUGAAAGUGUGCUGGCAGGAUGAUGGCUGGAGUUGGAACCGCGUUGAGCAGCGCCGUAUAGCUGGAAUGAGGUUCGCCGAAAAGUUUGGUGCCAUGGAUAGCCUUCAAAAGGCCUUCGAUGGUGGCCAAGGAGCUGUUGUUGGUCACUUCGGACCCGGGUAG